AUGGACAUCAAUAUAGACGAUAUCCUUGCAGAACUAGAUAAAGAAACUACUGCUGUUGAUUCUACCAACAUCACACAAGUCUCUUCUUCCUCUAACCACAGAGAUGCAAAUACAAUAGUGAAUUCAUCAUUAGACUUGAAUGACAAGACUCAGAUAUAUGUUUCUCCGCAACAAGACUUUGCCAACUUGAUGAAGUCUUGGAGAAACGAAAGGUGUUCGCCAGAAUUAUUACCAUAUCCUCAUCAGUUGAUGAAAAGAUUGCUCAAUCGAAUAUCGAUGCAGUCUCAAUUAAUUGAGAACAUAUCAAUGGGUUUCCUCGAUAUGCAAAAUGCGUCUACUGCGAACUCUCCCAUGCCGAACGACUCCAAACUACCUUUGCUUUGUAUGGAAACAGAGUUAGAAAGAUUGAAGUUUGUUAUUAGAAGUUACAUACGAUGUAGACUCAACAAAAUUGACAAAUUUUCACUUUAUUUGCGGCAAUUAAAUGAAGAUGAAAAUUCGUUGACCUCACUUACAGACUUGCUUUCUAAGGAUGAGAUUAAAUACCAUGACUCGCAUUCAUUGAUCUGGUUGAAACUUGUCAAUGACUCUAUACUGAAGUACAUGCCUGAAGAGCUGCAAGCUAUCAACGAUACCGAGGGCAGCGUAAACAUGAUAGAUGAACCAGACUGGAACAAGUUUGUCUUUAUACACGUCAAUGGCCCACCAGAGGGAAACUGGGACGAAGAUCCACUCUUACAAGAAAACGAGUUUGGUAAGCCGUGCUACACCGUGACCAUCCCUGAUUUGAACGAAGAAGUUGAACUCACCAUUGGAAGUAUCUAUGUCAUGAGAUAUGAAGUCAUUAGGGAUUUAUUAAGAGAUGACAAGGUUGCUCUUAUUUGA